ACGUCACCGAAGCAGCGAAGCCGAGGUUGGCGAGCUGUUUUGGGAGAAGAAAAGCGCUGUGAGCCGCUGUGGUGGCGGAAGGGAAGGACCGGACGGAUAAAACACCAAAUAUACCUUUUUGUGGGGGGGCAGAGACACGUUUAAGUCCCUUUUAGUUUCUUUAAAUACAGUUUGAAGCAUGUCGACACCGGCCAGACGACGACUUAUGCGGGAUUUUAAAAGACUUCAAGAAGACCCUCCGACUGGAGUGAGUGGGGCGCCAUCGGAGAACAACAUAAUGCUGUGGAACGCAGUUAUUUUUGGACCUGUGGGGACACCAUUUGAAGAUGGAACGUUUAAGUUGCUGAUAGAGUUUUCCGAGGAGUAUCCAAACAAACCCCCCACGGUGCGGUUUGUGUCCCGAAUGUUUCACCCAAACGUUUAUGCAGAUGGCAGUAUAUGUUUAGACAUCCUUCAGAAUCGCUGGAGCCCCACGUACGACGUCUCCUCCAUCCUCACUUCCAUCCAGUCUCUCCUGGACGAGCCGAACCCCAACAGCCCUGCGAACAGCCAGGCGGCGCAGCUGUACCAGGAGAACAAGCGGGAGUAUGAGAAGAGGGUGACCGCCAUCGUGGAGCAGAGCUGGGUGGACGUCUAGACACAAGACAUCCUCCAAACAUCCUCCUCCCCCAUCGCUCAUGUUUACCUCGACAAACACAUAAACGAUUACCACCACACGUAUGAGACAACACUGCAGAAGGAUGAGCGCCGAGAGGCAGAGCACUUCAAUUCAAAAUGUCUGUCUUGAUUUGAAAAGUUUUUAACAUUUUAGGUUGGUUUAGAUAGUUGGACAUAUUUCAGCCUGUUGGUUUCAAUUGAUUCUUAAAGUUAAAAUUGCACUGCGUAAUUUUUCUGGUGGACAGUUGUCUCCAUAGAGAUGUUGUUGGUGGUUUUCAGGUUCUGUAAUGUGACGAUGUUAUACUUCCGGGUGGAGGCAGGUUUCCCUGAUUGCUGGGUUUCAGGUGACAGAAGAUGUGGGCAGUUAAAAUUAUAUUGUUAAAAACACAGAUUUCUAUUAUAAUACAGUGAAUUCUUAUGUCUAGACACAAUAGAAAUGCGGUUAAACAUUUGUGAAUUUACCUUUUGGAUAUUGGGAAAUCUUUAUAUUGGCUUAAAGAGGUAAUUGAAGUAAUCUGCGUCUUCAGAAAGUUCACUCUUCACUGUGGUUAAAUCCAGUUGUGACUCACUCAGAGCCUGGAAUGUUCCAUUGUAUAGCAUUACUUAUCUAUCCAACUCGCCUGCGUUUGUGAAGAGAAGUAGGUGAAGCCGUCAGACCGAGUUACAGAUCAGAUCUGUAGAGAGGUGACCGCCCACACGCUGUAAGAAUGCAUGUUUUUCAGGUCUUUUCGAGCAUGAAAAUGCCAGUAAGGAAAAAGUGCUAGAUGGAUAUGUUUAAUGCCAUACUCUGGAACGUUUCAGGUAAAGCAAUAACAGCUCUAUGGAAAUGAGAAGGUGGUGGAUCAGAAAUGUCACGCAGUGCACCUUUUUUUUUAAGCAAAAUUAUCUGUCUUGUAGGAUUUUAUUGAGUUGUUCAAUUGACUCAUUUAUGUUGAGAUUAGAAAAAAAGAUGUAUUUAAAUAAUGCCACAAAUCUAAACCAAACUAGAUGAUUCUAAAUGAGAUUAUCAAAAGUAUCGAGAAUCUGAUACUAAUCGAUAAUAAAACUAGUAUCAAAACCUGCUCAAAAGAGUAUCUAGUUUCAAUACUAAAGUCACAUUCACAGGAUGGAAUUGCACCUUUCCUGAACAGCUUUAGAAUGAUCUCGAGCUGAAUCAGAACAAGUAUAAGACACAGACUAGUCUACGCCCAUGGAGCACUGGAUCACCACAACCUACCUGGACCACUGAGGGAUUAGUUACAAGACCACAUGGUAAUAUAAAAUACUUAAUGUUGAAAAUCACAUUCUAUUGCCGAUUCAGAUGCCACUAUUAUCACCAUGGUAUAGGAAUCUGUAUUGAGCAUCGAGUCUAUUCCUUAGUAUUGAAAUCGAGUGUGAAAUUCGUCAGAACUACUCAAAUCAAGAUCAACAUUUUGAAUUGAAGUCGUCAUCUAGGAAAUUUUUUUUACAGUGAAAGUGCCACUGAAUGCACCAUAAAUCCGAAACCUGCAUCGAGGGAAGGAGGAGCCCAAACCAUUAUGUGGGAAGAUCUUUGUCAGUUAGAUCACUUUUUUUAUUGCAUGAUGUGAAUAAGUUAUUGCUAACAGAAUUUGUAAUAUAUCUUUUAAGUUGUUUGGUUGGACUGACGCUGUUGAGUUUUACAAAUUAGUUCCAUGUUUUCUUUUGCCGUAUUUUUUUUUUUUUUUUUUUUAUGGUGCCAAAGUAACUGGGGCUGUUUGAGAUGCAAAAUGGGCCCAUAUAAGAAUAGGGGUUUGUUUAAUACAUUGAGUGUUUGAAAGAGACUAAAAGAGCUAAGAGCUAAAUACAAAAGUUUGCUUAGUAUUAUAGAAGACUAAACUACGCACUGAACCAGAGAUUAAACCAGAGAUUAAACCAGAACCACAACAGGUAAAAACUACUAGGACUCGGACUACCACUACUAAAUGGAUUAACCCGGGAUUUAGAUGGAGGACUUGGACCAGGGACUAAGACUGGGGACUAAAACAGAACUAGAAACAGAACCAAAACAGGUAAAAACUACUGGGAUUAAAUCUAGAUUAAGCCAGAACUGGGACAGAACCAUCUAGUCAAGAAACCUAAACCUUAAAGAGACUUGCUCAUCGCUAUAAACUUUGAUGUUACCUAUGAAAAGUCAGGAAAUGUGGUUUACGUUGGAUCGAAACCAAACCAAAAAAGGUCUGAACCAGGACUAAAAUGACUAAAGCAAGACUAUUUUCAUUGAUUAAUUGUCUAAAAUGGGUCUAAACCCGAACUAAACCAGGAAAUCAAGACUAAAACCAGGAUUAAACCAGAAUCAAAGUGGUCUAAACUGACUAAUCCUGUUUUUUCUGGGACUAAACUAGGUAUAAAGUAGGACUGUGUCAGGUAAAAGUGGACUAAAAGAGGUCUAAACUUGGGCUCAACGAUGUCAUAGCAGGAAAAGGAUUGAAUCAAGAAUAUAAAUUUCGACUACAUGGGGUGUGAGCCUACUUAAAAUCAAUACUAAACCAGGACUGAAAUUGGUUUGAAAAAGCGAACCAAACAUAAACCACGCCUUAAAUAGGAAUUGGGCAGGUUUAAACCAGGACUGAAACUGAAAUAAGUAAAGAACCAAUAGGACUAAACCGAGUCUGAACUGUGGCUUAAACACAAAAUAUAAACAGGGCAGUUCUGUUGUAUGAGUAAACCAGGAGUAAACCAAGACCAUUGGUCAUUGUUGCUUAUAAGUAUUUAUACACUGCAUAGAGGAUACAGGAAAGCCAGGAAAACGAUUUAGGGUCUAAAACUGGACUAAAUCAGAACCAGGUCCAAGCCAGGUCUAUACCAUUUCUGAAUAGAAAUAGGGCAGGUAUGAACUAGGACUAAAGCAGAUCUAAACUGAGAUUAUUGCUUAUAAACUGGACUAAAGUGGGUCUAAUUUGAAGUAAACCAGAACCAACUGUGUGUACACUAGGACUAAACCACAAAAUAGGAAUAGGGCAGCUCCAAAGUAAGACUAUACCAGGUCUGACCCAGGACUUUACCAAGACUAUUGAUCAACAACUAUGAACCGGACUAAAGUGAGUCUAAUUUGAACUAAACCAGAAUCAAAACUGUCCUUGUUUAGACCUGGUUUAGUCCUAGUUUAGACAAAGUCUCCAAGCUGUGCCCAGAAUCCAUUACUCGCCCAUUGUUUUCUAUAUCCUCUGCCAAUGCCGAUUUCUCCUGCAGUCAUUAGCUUGGUUUAUUUUUGGACCAUGUAGGUUUAGGUUCUGGCGUCACAAACCGAAGAAGUGCCAAGUUCCUACUGUACGGAUGAAUCAUGAAUGCACCACGCCAGGCGCUAAUGAUAUCGAAUGGAAAAUGCAAGAAUGUUGUUGACAAUAUACCCAACACUGCCUUUGCCUGCCUAUGUCACCAUAUCUAUAGUCUGAAUGUACUCAAAUCCACAUAUCACUUAACAUAGGAAUCAUUCACGAAGUCUGGAGUUUAUCAGGUCUAAUUUAGGGCUAAACCAGCUCUACAAUUACUAAAUAUAUGAAUAAGGUAGUUCUAAAUCAUGAUUAACCCAAAUAAGUACCAAAACAUGAAAAUGGGUCUCUCUAAAUAAAAUUAUUCAAAAUGCAGAGGGCACCACAGUUUGAGAAACACUGAUUUAGUUUAUAUGAUGGCUGUCCUAUUUUGUUUUAUUUUUGUUUUAGAUCUAAUGUGAUUGGUUUAACAGGUAUCCACACUUCAAACUCUGCCCCCUGCAGCCAGGUGUUUCUAGUUUGCACAAAGGUUGCCAAAUAAUGACAAGGAACAGUAGAAGAUGUUAUUCAAAACCAUGUACACAGUUCAGUAAAACAAGUUUCAGCAUAGGAAUGAUCACGUCUUGAUAACAGUGAUUGCUACCAUGGGUCUGUUCUGAAACAAAUACAGGAUUUCUUAUAUUAAAGCCGUUCAUGACCUCACAAUUUGAUGGAAUAUUUGUUUUCAAAGAAUAAAUUAGGCUAAAUAAAGUGUUUCAUCAAAUGUUGAAAUUAUCAGUCAACUUUGAUUUGCUUCUCUAACAGCCUCAGUUGCAUUCCCACCUGUUUGUCUUUUAUUUUGAAAAGCUACACAGAUUAAGCUACUAAAACUCGGACAUAUUAAUCAUGUCUUUAUCGUGCCCUUUUUACAAAUGAAUUCUCUUCAUAAAAUCAUGAAAUAUAUCCUGAAUAAAUCAUAAUUUCCAGAGACAUGUUGUGGUUCGUGACACUUCACCAGAUCCAAUAAGCAGAAGGGAUAUGUUAUAAACUUUUGUGAAUUAAAUGAUGUAUACUUAUAACAAUAUGCUGUAUAAAACAUAAUAAACACAUUUUUCAGACUUUGAA